GUUAACCAAAACAACUAAUGGCCCCCUCACGAGGUCCUCAAGCACUCGCUCGAACGCUGCAUAAAACGCUCUCGAACCACCGAGGACCCGUCCAUGUCGUUCGAUACGCAAAAGGAAGCGCAAAAUACGUCCUAAGUGGAGGACAGGAUCGCACCAUACGCCUCUGGAAUCCAGACCUUGGUACCGAGAUCAAGGUGUUUGAGGCCCAUGGGUACGAGGUCCUGUCUAUAUCUGUGAGUCAUGACAAUACAAAGUUUGCGUCUUCUGGAGGGGACCGCUCUGUCUUUCUGUGGGAUGUGACGGCGGGUGUGACGACACGUAGGUUGUCAGGACAUAUGGGUAAGGUAAAUGCUGUGGAACUUAAUGCAGAUGCGACUGUGUUGGCGAGUGGCUCGUAUGAUUCCACGGUAAGAUUAUGGGAUUUGCGGGCACCAGCGCGUGCGCCGAUCCAGGUACUCGAAGAAGCUCGCGACGCCGUACAGGCCUUACACGUGGAUGCAACCACGAUAAUUGCAGGCUCUGUAGACGGAUAUGUCAGAACGUAUGAUCUCCGUAAGGGCGAACUGCGUUCAGACUUUAUAGGGCAGCCUGUCACCUCGGCCGUUCCCUCUGCUGAUGGAACCACGCUUCUCGUAUCCACACUUGAUUCGCAUGUCAGGCUGUUCGAUACGACCAGCGGGAAGCUUCUGAAUGCCUUCACUGGCCACAAUCACACAUCGUAUCGCUGCCGAGCAUGCUUCGGACAUGAAGAAGCAACAGUUGUCUGUGGAGAUGAAGACGGUACUGUUUGGGCUUGGGACUUGGUUGAUGCUACAGUCUUGCAACCCAACCCUCCGCCAAAAGUUCAUGAUAAGGUGAUCACUUGGACAGAACAUCACCCGGUAGAUGCUGGGGAGAUGAUUACCGGUAGCGCAGAUGGCACUGUGAAGGUCUGGCGACACUCGAGCUAGGCUUUCUUUAUUACAACUGCAAUAUGACCAUCCUUUUGAGUGUAGGGUAUAUAUCGUGAAACGCAGUAUGUCAUUAGUGGAACAAAGUGCUAAUAGAUGUAUCCAUUCUGUAAGAAGAAAAAUAAUAUUACAAAGGUCAU